AUGGCCCGUCGCGGCGCCGUCAAGCGGCGGGCGUGGUCUGAUCUCCCGGCCGACCUCCUCGCCGCCAUCUACCUCAGGUGCUCCCCGCCGUACGACCGCGCGCGCUUCGCGGCCGUCUGCAGGUCAUGGCGAGCCGCCGCGUCGUGGCAACCGGCGCGGCCACCUCUCCCGCUGCUGUUCUCCUGGACCGGCGACCGCAAGCGUGACCGGAAUAUACGAGCGUACAAUCCCGUGGACGGCAGGGCCUUGCGCGUCCUGCUGCCCAAGAUCCUGAGGGGCAAGAAGUUCGUCGGAUCCUACGACGGCGGCUGGGUCGCCGCCACGUCGAGGCGCGAGCGCGACUCCCAACUUCUGAUCGUCAAUCUCUUUUCUAUGGUCCAGGUGGCACUCUCCGACAAUCAAAGGAGUAUCGUCUGUGCGUGCCCGGAUGCCUUCGAGGAGCCAGACAAUGCUCGCACCAGCCGGGCGCCGGUUGUGAAAGUCAUCUUCUCCGACGACCCUACCUCGAGCGGAUGCAUCCUCGCCGCCAUCACCAAGAGGUGCAAAAUAGCGCUUUGCAGGGUUGGCAGCAGUGGCGAAGCCACGUUAUGCCUGUGCUGUCGGUUGACAACACAGGAUUUUCGUAGGUCGUUGAACCCCAGUCCGGAAAACAUCUGGACGACACGAGGGUGUGGCCUAUACGCGGAGAGGGAGCUCGUGGACAUCGCCUUCUGCAACGGCCAACUUUUCGGGCUCAUGGUCGGUGGCUGUGAUCUGUACAAGUACCGCAUCGACCUCAACGAAGGCGCUCCGGUGAUCACCUUGGUUUAUCAAAUUCACCAAAUGCCCUUUGUACAUGUGCCUAGGUGGGACUAUUGCCCUAGAUACAUUUUUGAGCUGUGCGGCAAGCUAGCGGUGGUGUCAGAGGCCAAUUCGGCACUCAAAGGCUAUGAAUCUUGCUUUUUUAAGGUGUUUGAGCUCAUGAAUGAGGCUACACCGGGCAGAUAUACAUGGGCAGAGGUAACCACAUUGGGUGAGCAUGCCUUGUUCUUGGGGCCACAGUCCUAUAAGUUGGUGCACGUGCCGACGGCGGGCCGGCAUGGGAGGUUGGAGGAAAACCGCAUCUACUAUCAUAUGCGACAACAGGAGAACCUUGCUAGGCACAAGGAGUGCUUGACGAAGUUGGGCCUCGGCAGCUGCAGCGUCUAUCGGGAAAACCGAGGUAUGAAUCAAUGCAUGGAGACGAUCACCUCGGAGGGAUACCAUUUCAAAGACGAUAAUGGUAAUGGUUGCAUGUGGCUCCUGCCUUCGGAGUUAUGUUAG